AAAUAAAUGAAGAGAUGAAGUUGCUGACCUGAUCUCGUCCAUUUCCUCUUGGACAACACUGUUGGAGCUUUCGCUUACAUUCUUACGACCCUUCAGUAACUAUUUGCUUCUUUUCUGUUUGGCUGCUUGAAGACAGUGCUGCCCCCUGGAGGAGCACAUACACACUUAGCCUGUGGAUAGAAGUCAUGGCGCUCCACUGUCUCGGUGGACGGCUCGGUUUGUUUUUCGGUGCAUACUGCAACGUCGAGAUUGCAUGCGAGGUGGGACAUUAUACUUUAAACAUUCCCAGCAGCUACUGCAAGACUGAUCCAUCACUUGACCGAUUAGAUGAUGGACUAAUCAUCAAAACUCUCAUUAAGCUCUCACCUCCCUUUUGUAUCCCUCCUGUUGGGCCCCUGGGGCCCCUCAGGCAAAAGGGGUAAUGUGGGGUGCUAGGCAGUCUGCCAGGCAAGCGCUAUGGCGCUUCCUGUCACCUUUCCGCGCUGUUAAGGAGCGAGUGGUCCUGGCCCGCAGCGAGAGCCUUCCAGAGGAGCAGGUGCUGAAGAUCACAGUCACAGAGACCACAGUGAUUGAGGCUGAGUCAGGGGUGUGGAACUGGCGAUCCCUGACCUACCUGGGCCUCUGGUACUUCUUUAGUUUCUGCACCCUGUUCCUCAACAAGUACAUCCUGUCACUGUUGGAGGGGGAGCCCAGCAUGCUGGGUGCUAUUCAGAUGCUCUCCACCACCGUCAUCGGCUUCCUUAAGAUGUUUGUGCCCUGCUGCCUUUACCAGCACAAGUCCAGGACUGAGUAUCCCUCCAACUUCAUCAUGAUCAUGCUGUUUGUUGGACUCAUGAGGUUCACCACGGUGGUUCUGGGCUUGGUGAGCCUGAAGAAUGUGGCCGUGUCAUUCGCAGAGACGGUGAAGAGCUCAGCGCCCAUCUUUACCGUCAUCAUGUCCAGGCUUAUCCUCGGGGAGUACACAGGGCUGUGGGUGAAUCUCUCCCUGUUCCCCAUUAUGGGAGGCCUGGCCCUCUGCACAGCCACGGAGAUCAGCUUCAACAUGCUCGGCUUCUCCGCCGCUCUCUCCACCAACAUCAUGGACUGUUUACAGAACGUAUUCUCUAAAAAAUUGUUAAGUGGAGACACGUACAAGUUCAGCCCUCCAGAACUGCAGUUUUACACCAGUGCUGCAGCAGUCAUCAUGCUCAUACCUGCCUGGGUGUUCCUCUUGGACAUCCCAUUGAUCGGGAAGAGUGGACGGAGCUUCAUCGUCAGUCAGGAUGUUAUAUUGCUGCUGCUUUUUGAUGGUGCCCUUUUCCACCUGCAGAGUGUCACUGCCUACGCUCUCAUGGGGCGGAUUUCCCCCGUUACUUUCAGUGUUGCCAGUACUGUCAAGCAUGCCCUGUCGGUGUGGCUGAGCAUAAUCGUGUUCAGUAACCACAUCACCCUGCUCAGCGCCACCGGCACCAUCUUCGUCUUUUUUGGAGUCUUCUUUUACAACAAAGCCAGACAGUUCCAGAGGCAAACCUUACAGGCCAUGGCUGCUGAGCAAAACCACAAACCACUACUGCAGGACCAGAACUUCCAAGCCUCGCAGUCUCACUGAGGACCCAGCACUUAAAACUAAAUAUGCUGCCUAAAAUGGGAUCAAGGUAUUCAAGAUGAUGUUGGAUGAUUUGUUUGUUCAUCAGUGUGCACACAAUCCAGUUAUAGAGGACCCACUUCUGUUUUUGUUCCAGGUUUCAUUUAGUGUCAUGUCUUCUAUCUGAAGGUAAACUUUAGUGACUGGGUUAAAAGAGGUCAUGAUCUGUUUGACCGAGCCGUCACUAGUCCUGUGGAACAGUAUACACAGCAACCUGAUUAGCUACUUACACUUGAUUCAUCCUUGAUCUUUUUGCUUUAUCUAAUACCUGUCAGUAAAAAAAGGGAAGCUCAGGGUUGCCUUCAGCUCUUUGAAGGAAGUGAUUUCUGUAAGCGUUUUGUCUUACAUUUGCAUUCCAGAGUGUGCUCGUUGAUCUCAUCUGUGGUACAGCAGCUGCUGAAUGUAUGCUAUUGUGUAUAUCUGUAAAUCCUUGAAGCUAAAGAUUUAAAAUGUGUGGUGGUUUAAGCUACACUGUAUCAUACAAUGUAAAAUGAAUCAUGAUUGCAUCUGAAUAUAAGAUGUGUAUGGGGCAACAAUGUCUGAGAUGGGAGGCCUUUUGAAGCCAAAGCUUUGACUGACCAUUUACACUUUUUUAAAACAAUGUAUGGAACAUUUGAAGAAACCACAUACUGCAUUCUAGGAAUGCUAAUCCUCCUAUCAUGAACUGUUUUUGUGGGUGUAUGUAGGGUUUACUGUAAAUUUUGUUAAUUUUCCCUCUUUAUAAACCGGCUCUUCCACCCUGAACAGGAAAAAAUGGGCUUAAAGACCAAAUGGAUGCUUGUCCUGUGUUUGUAACACAUUCAUAGUCUUAAAGAAAAAUGGUUUAUUACAACUUGGGUUUUGUUUUGCAGGUCAGACAAUCAAAAUCCCCCCAAGUUACAGUAGUUCAAGUUUUUGGAAGAAAAGCACGUCAAUUACAAACAAACAUCCCAGUUCAACUUUGACCUUUCAUGUACCUCUAGUUGUGCGUGAUCAGUUUUCCUGUGGAAAGAUAUCAAAGCAUUAUCAUUAGCAACUGAAAUGUAAGUUAUAAUGAAGCGUAGCAUUCCUAGGUUAAAACCUCUGUUGAUUUAUAGUAGUAGGAUGUGAUGUCAGACGUGUGUCAUUGGUGAUGUAAAACUGUCAUCUCUGUGCACCAUCCUGUGCCUGUUGCUUCUUUCAAAUGAAGAACAUACAUUAGCUGUUCAUGAACACAAUGAUAUGAUGAGUCUGGACCAUAAAUUAAAAUUCAGGUUUGAUUAUGUUGCCAGUGCUUCCCAUUUAGCCCCUUAUUGAGCCCUAUGACAGCUUCUGUGGUGAAUAUAAAUCCUCUUCCACGUCUCUCUUCCAUAGAAACACAGCAGUGCCACGUUGAUAUCUUGCCAAAACAGCUGGUUGACGGUGCCAAUAAUCUUAACAUACAUUUGAAUCUUAUUAUGCCAAUACUGCUCCAAUCAUACUGCUUUCCAUGUGCUCAUGUGUGCAUUCAAGGCGUGUCAAGGACUAACAAAGUCCAUCAGUUGUCUGAUAGGACAAAUCUGUGUUAAUCAUUGGUUGGCUUUGAGUUUUUUUUUGUCAACAUUUUCAUAAUGCUUUACUUUUGCUGCAGUUUUGUGCCUCAAGAAGCUUUUUUUUCUUUUCUGCACCCACAUCAGUGGGGUCGCCUGACUUGAACAUAAUUUAUUUAUUUAUGUUUAAAACAUGCUCAUUGUUCAUGGUUAUUUUCAGUUUUUUCUCUGUAAAGUGCUUAUGAAAACCACAUGUGACUAUAUUGAAUACAGUCUUACAAAUAUGUGUCUUUUUACACUAAUCUUCUGUAUUAUGUCUUUCAAACGCUGCUUCAAGAGCUAAAGAGUUGUUUUUCUGUGUAUUUUCAUUUAAUAAAGGUUCAGAAUAUUGGGAGUUAAUGAGCUAGGAGAACAGUUAUGAACUGUAUGUUUGGUAACGUGCAAAUCAGAGGUGUAAAAAUGUUCAAUGAUGUAACUCAUGAGGAUAUAAUGAUAUUUUGUCAUUGUACAGGAAAUAAAAGUAUUUUCU